AAAGAAUGGUGGAAGCUUCCCCUCAUCUUCCCCAUUUUCACACAUGUUCGACUUGAUACAAAUAAAGUAGAAGGGGAGCAUAACCAAAGGAUUGAAAUCUGAGAGAAAAAUGGUUCCCCUUAAUAAAGCCUCCCGCGACCCGCACAUGCGAGUUUCUGAGCUUCCACUUAACGAGAACGACUCUCUCGACAUGAUCCUCUUUGAUGUCUUGAAUGAGGCCAUUGGCAAAGGGUGGUCACCAAAGAAGGAAGAAGAAGAAGAGGUGCAGCAGCAGCAGCAGCAGCAUCAGCAGAGCAGACAUCAUGAAGUCUCGGUAGGAGAGCAUACGCCGACGGCACACCAGACCGGUCAGCAGCUCAACAAGCGGCAUUACAGAGGAGUCAGGAGGAGGCCGUGGGGGAAAUUCGCGGCGGAGAUACGCGAUUCUUCGAGGCAAGGCGCCCGUGUAUGGUUGGGCACCUUCGACACCGCGGAAGAGGCGGCGAUGGCUUACGACAAAGCGGCGUUCAAGAUGCGUGGGCCUAAGGCUCUUCUGAACUUUCCGGCCUAUGUCGUCGCGACCGCGUUGGUUGGCUCCCGAGGAAAGCCGGCUCCCAUUGAGAGGAAAAUAAGCUCGCAGCAGAGGCAGAGACUGGGGAGAGACUGCUCAGUGAGCUCAGCUAGCUCGAGUAGCAGCUUUGAAGGGGAAGGGGAAGGGGAAGGGGAAGGGGAAGGAAGGUUUUGGGGUGGAGCUUCAAGGCUUGGGGUCUGAUUAUUUUGAGAAAUUUCUUUGUUUCUCAGAGACAACUCGGUUGGUGUCUAAGCGUUGAUAUUGUUGGUUUGAUUUGGGGAAAUUUUUUUUCCAAGGUGAUUGUGUAUAUAAAAAAUAAUUUUAGAGAAAUUAUCACAAAUAUAUCUUAAUUUUUGUAGACGACGGUUUACGGCAUUUCAAGUGCCGUAUAACAUGGGUUAGCUUUUACUGUA